AUGUAUAAUAUUCCAUCAUCACCAGAUGAUCAUCACCCCAAGAUACAAAAGAAAAAAAGAGUAGGUAAGGCUUGUGACUCUUGUAGAAUCAAAAAGACUAAAUGUGACGGCAAAAAACCCUGCAACAAAUGUAUUCAGGAUAAUAAAAUAUGUGUUUUCACAGAAAAGAAAAAAAUUAAAGAAAAGAGUUAUCCAAGUGGUUAUGUAGAGUUAUUAGAGACAAGGUUAGAUUUGUUAACUAAAAGUUUUGAAAAAAUGAUACAAUUAUCAAGACCCCAUUUAAGUUUUUUAAACCAAUUGGUUGUGAGUACUGAUGAAGAUAAUGAAGAAGAAGAUUUAGUACCAAUUAAUAAGGUAAUAAAUUAUUUAAUCAAUAAUGAAGGGUUAUUAAAGAAUUUACCAAUUGAGUGGGAAAAUGGGGCAGUUAUUGCAGCAAAUUUCAAUGAAAAUGAUAUUGAGCAAGCACUGAAAAAAUUUGCUAAUCAUAGAUUAAAUUUAGAAGAUCCUGUGAGACAAGAAAACGAUGAAGAUGAAUAUUUCAUGGAUGAAAAUUUAGAUGAUUUAAACUUGGGACAAUUUCAAUUGGGCAAUUAUAGCACUGGAGGGUUUGUUUUAGCUAAUUCAGCUGCAUUGAAUGAUGGAAUUUCUAAUGAUUUGAGUGAUUUCGAGAGUGAUUCUAAUUCUAUUUAUUCUGCUAAUUUACAUUCUCCAGGGUUAUCUCCAGGAUUGUCAUCACAAAAUUUGAAUACUAUGAAUAAUUCGAGUUCAAAUCCAGGAUUACCAGGAUCCAACAAUUUCGAUAUUAAACCUCCGUCAUUAUUUGAAAGUAGAGAUUUAUUUCAAAAUCACAAUUCAUCAGUGAAUUCACUUCAAGAGAAAACUUACUCCCCAGCGACCAUUUCACCUUCAUCAACAUUCGAUUCUCAAGUUUCAAAUCACCAUAAUCAUAAUUCGCAUAGCCAUUCUCAAUCAAGUCAUAAAAGAAUACAGAGACCUCGAUCCCCAUCAUUUCAGAAAUUAAAGAAUUCAGGACAUGUUCAUAAACCUAUAAAAAAUGAAUUUGAUAUCAAAAAUUCUUUACUUGAUAAUGAAUUGAUCCCCUCGGAUUCAAUAUCUGAUUCCAUCAAAUAUGAUUUAAAGUUUGAAGAUAGUAUUCUUAAAGAUCUUUAG